ACACACACACACACACACACACACACACACACACACAUGCACGCACACACGUUUAUGUAUGUAUAUAUACAUAUAUAUAUCUUUUAAAGCAAUAAUCAUAUAACGCUAACUCGUUCUCAAGGCCCGGUCACACAGCCUUUCGCGUCUGUAUCGCGGGUAAAAUUUCGCGAUUUUUUUUUGCCCGCGGUUGCCCGCGGUGGAAAAUGUGCAAAAUUGGCUAACCCGCGGUUUACCCGUGCUAUGCCCGCGGAACAGACGCCGGCGACUGUUCCGCGUCCUUAUCGCGGGUGAAGCGCGGCUGAAGCGCGUCUUUAUCGCGACCUCAAAGCGUCCAACAGCGUCUGCUUCACGGGCAGAAUUUUUUGGCCGUGAUUCAGCCGCGAUACGCCCGCGAAAGGCUGUGUGACCGGGCCUUUAACAAGCUAUCAUGUAUCGUUUACAUUUUUAAUUCUUUGUCUCUCUUCCUCUCUCUCCCGGUUUCUGUCAGUCUGUCUAUCUCUUUCUGUCUGUCUCUCUAUCUGUAUGUCCGUCUAUCUCUCUCUAUUUGUUUCUCUAUCUGUCAUUUUAUGUCUGUGUCUGUCAGCACUACAGGCCUGACCACUACCAUCAGACAGCUUAUAUUAUCCUUUAUUGUCGUCUUACCUGCCAAGAACCCUCAACAGCCUGCGUCCUGGGGAUCCCUCGGCCCUGAAGCCGUGAGCACCGUCGCUAAGAAGCUGUGUAACGUCAAGAACUUCAAGAACUUAACCGGAAGCAAAGACGACCCCGUAGAGUGCGAGGACUUGACUCUGCUGCCGACGAAGUACCUCCUGCCCCUGGACUGGACGCAGAACCAGAGGCUCUUCGCCAAGGGGUCGGGAGAAUACUUCUUUUCGAAGUUCAACUCCACCUUCGUGAUCCACUUGUUCAGCGCCGUGACCAGCAAGAGGAAAGCCCACGUCGGAGAGAACAGUAUCUACGAAAUCGCAGCGAAGACGUUUUGUCCUAUCACUUUCAAGCACGCCACAGCAGAGUCCGAUGUCUUCUGAUAACUUACUGUGAUCAAGAUGUUUUUUUUUUAUAAUAUAUUUUUGUAAAGAAGUGGUACAUGCCUUCGUCUCCGUGCCUUAUGAUGUUUACAAGAAGAGAUGAGAGAUUUCCUGAUGGUUGUUGAUACGAUUAAGACAUGAAAUAUUUAUUUAUUAUAAAUGUUCACACAUACGCACACGCAGACACACACACACACACACACACACACACACACACACACACACACACACACACACACACACACACACACACACACACACGCGCGCGCGCGCGCGCCCGUUUAUAUUUUGCCAUUUUACAUAGUCAUAAGAGGCGUUCCCUGCUGUUGAUCAUAAUGUUAAGUCGAUCUAAUGAAAAUGUUAUUAUCAAAAAAAUCUUUCUUA